GCAGCGUAGAAAAAUUUAGUAAAAUAGCAUAAAAGAGGAAAAAGAAUCAUUGCCAUACAAAAAUCUUCAUAUCGUGCACUUUGAUUUAUUUCUCAAGGCCGCCGACGGCUUAAUUGGCUCUCAAGAAGCACUCUCUCUCACUCAAGAGUUUUCUUGCUCGAGCUUACCUCGCUGAAUAAUAUGAAGUCGACGAAGAACCCAUCAGUUUUCUUGGAUGUUUCUAUUGAUAGUGAUACCACUCAAAGAAUUGUUAUCGAGUUGUUUGCUGAUGUUGUCCCUAAGACAGCUGAAAAUUUCCGGGCACUCUGCACAGGUGAGAAAGGUGUUGGAUCCUUGACAGGCAAACCUCUGCACUACAAGGGCUCCACGUUUCAUCGCAUAAUAAAAGGAUUUAUGGCUCAAGGUGGUGACUUUUCAAAAGGAAAUGGCACUGGUGGUGAAAGUAUUUAUGGAGGGAAAUUUGCUGAUGAAAACUUCAAGUUGGAUCAUAGUGGGCCUGGUUUUCUCUCUAUGGCCAAUGGUGGACCAAACACCAAUGGAUCUCAGUUCUUUAUAACUUUUAAACGGCAACCUCAUCUUGAUGGAAAACAUGUUGUUUUUGGGAAGGUUGUGAAGGGAAUGGACGUUGUAAAGAAAAUGGAGCAGUUAGGAACAGCUGAUGGGAGACCAGCUGGAGUUGUAAAAAUUGUAGAUUGUGGUGAGAUGUCCAAGGCGAAAUUACAAAAUUCAGUUGAAGCUCAGAAAGAUAAGAAGAAAAAAGCAGCAAAAAGCAAUCCAUCUAAUGAUGGUUCCGAUGGUCAGGCCAAAGGCAAGCAGAAAGCAUCUGUGAAGGAUAAGAGGAGAAAGAGGAGCUACUCUUCAUCUGAUUCUUACAGCUCUGAGUCUGAUUCGGACUCAUAUUCAUCAGAGACUGAUUCAUAUUCAGACUCUGAUUCAGAUUCUUCCUCAGAAUCUUAUUCUUCAACUUCAUCUAGUGAUGGUAGACGAAGGAAGAAAAGGAAAUUGACGAAGAAGGGAAGGCAUCAAUAUGGGAGAAAAAAGAGGGGUGGUCAAAGGGAGAAGCGGAGAGCUCAGCGUGAUAGAAGAUCAAGGCGAAAGUCUAAGAGGAACUCAGGAAGUUCUUCUGAUAGUGAUAGUAGUGGGAGCAGUAGUAGCGGAAGCAGCAGUUCUGAUGAUGAAAAUGUGCGAAGGAGCAAAUCUUCGCGGAAAACCAAUCCAUCAAGUAAAGAAGAUAAGAAGCCAGCACAAAGUCUUGGGAAGGAGAAGAAGUCAUUAGUUCCUCUCUCCGAAUUUACGGAGCAGCAGAAGCGAGAUGAUAGAAAACACAGUGGGGAUGACUCAUCGCGUGAAGAGGGUGAAUUUUCUCAAAAGAAUGAUGGCCAUAUAAAUAAUGGCCAGGGACGUAUCACUAGUAAUCAAGCUGCCGCUCUACUGAAUCAGUCUGAUAAUUCAAGCAGAUCAAGGAGUCUGACACCAAGUUCUGGUGGGAGGCCAAGAACUAGUCCUCGGAGCAGUCCAAGUAGAAGUCCCAGAGUUCAAGAGAGUGGUAAAAUUCCUAAAGCAUCUGGUGAGCAAGUUGAGAAAAAGCCUUCAAGGAGUCCUGUCAGAAGUCCCCCAAGUAAGGACCCUCUGCCUUCUAGUCAUGGUCGGGAUUUGUCUCGAAGCCGCUCUCCAGGUGGUACUCAGAAGCGCAUUAGAAAAGGUCGGGGUUUCACUGAACGAUAUGCAUUUGUUAGAAAAUAUCGCACACCAUCUCCAGAACGUUCACCUGAUAGAUCUUAUCGUUACGGUGGAAGAAACAUUCAGAGGAACCAAGACAGGUAUUCAAGCUACAGAAGCAAAUUCGAACGCUCACCACAAAGACGCUACUGGAGUCCUCCAAGAAGAGGAAGGAGCCCACCCAGAUAUGAACGCAAGAGGAGUCGGAGCAGGUCAGUUUCUCGAAGCCCUGGAUCCUACCGUGGUCGGGGUAGGCGCUAUAGCAGAAGCCCUGUGCGCAGUCCUAGUCCCACAGAUAGGCGCCCAGUGCUCAGCGACAGAUUGAAAUCUCGUCUUGGCCCACAGAAGGAUGAUGAGCCAGCUCGAGGACGGUCUAUUUCACGCUCCAGGAGCCACAGUUCAUCUCAAUCUAGAUCGGCUGACGCUGCUUCCAGAAAGCAAGCAAGAAAACGUUCAUCACCUCCCAGAAGUUCCCCAUCCAGUCCCCCUUCCAGUGGCCAACGGGGCUUAGUAUCAUAUGAAGACGUGAGUCCAGAUAAUGGUUUAAAUUAGCCACUUAUCAUUGUUGUUUGUAGGUGUGAAGCACGAAAUCUUGAGUUGGAUCUUUGGUUUCUGUUGUAAUACUAGUGAGAUAUUUCUGUUUUGUGCUUCCCAAACUUAGCAUUCAAUUCUCGGAUGUUCCUUGGUACUGGACGAGACUGUGCAUCCAACUUCAGUUAUCCAUCUCUAGUUUUCCAAAUUCUCCUGUCAAA